CGCCGCCGCCUGUUUAUGACCAUCAUCCGGGGACUCCGCAGCGCCCCGCCCCCCCCCUCCGCCGCAGCUCUCGCGGGAAAGAGCGCGCCCGACCCCGCUCACCGCCAGGGGGCGCCGCUGCCGCCGCGCGCCCACCUCCGCCCCCUCGUCUCGCUUUCCUCGGGGCUCGAGAGGGGAGCGAUGGCGGCGGCGACCUCAGGAGGCGGCGGCGGGGAGCGGAGCAGCACCCGGGACCGCCUUUUGGCCGCGCUGGAGGACCUGGAGCUGCUGGCCAGGGAGCUGAUUGAAAUACUGGCCAUUUCAAGGAACCAGAAACUUGCACAGUCUGGGGAAGAGGCCCAGAUCCUGGAGCUGCUGAUUCAGAGAGAUCAAGAGUUCCAGGAAUUGAUGAAACUGGGUCUGGAACAAGGGAAGAUUCACCGGGAGAUGCAGCUUUUGGAAGAAGUGGUGGGGAAGAGGGACAGCGACAUCCAGCAGCUUCAGAAGCAACUGAAGGAAGCGGAGCACAUAUUGGCCACAGCUGUUUAUCAAGCAAAAGAAAAACUGAAGUCAAUAGAAAAGGCAAGGAAGGGGUCUGUUUCCUCGGAAGAAAUAAUUAAAUACGCUCACAGAAUUAGUGCCAGUAAUGCGGUCUGUGCUCCUCUGACGUGGGUGCCAGGGGACCCGCGAAGGCCAUACCCAACAGAUUUGGAGAUGAGAAGUGGUAUCCUCGGUCAGAUGAACAAUCCAUCAGCAAAUGGAGUCAACGGUCACUUACCAGGGGACGCGCUUGCAGCGGGUAGAUUACCAGAUGUCCUGGCGCCUCAGUACCCCUGGCAGUCGACCGACAUGUCCAUGAAUAUGCUGCCUCCGAAUCACAGCAAUGACUUCAUGCUGGAACCUCCAGGGCAUAAUAAGGAGAAUGAGGAUGAUGUGGAGGUGAUGUCCACAGACUCCUCAAGCAGCAGCAGUGACUCCGAUUAGGAAUGUGGCGUCUGGUUUUUGGACUAGCAGAGCAGGUUGUGACUAGAGCCACAGGAGGUUGUUUGCUCUGCUGCUGACGGGGGCGGCACGAGCCAGAGAGAGGCAGCAAGAACAGUGAUGGUUUCUCAUGGGUAUUUCAACAAGUCCUCAUGAAAGAUGCCCUGAUCACGGUUGGUGUUUUAGCAGCAGAGAGAACUGGGCACAUUUAUCUUGUUGUACAUUUAUAAAAGCGCUGGAAAAUGAACUGUAAGGAGAAUCAACUGGAAGCUACAGUGAAUAAAUGACCAUUAAGUUUUCUUUGA